AUGGAUUCAGCUCAUUCGUCCCCGCCUUCCGCCCUUUCCGCCGCGAUUGACGGGACCAACGAGGCGGCAUUAGAGGAGGCCAUCUCGUCGGCGCAGACCGCCAUAGCGGGGCUCGUGCAGGCCGUCCACGUGGCGAAGCGCAAGCAGCUCCAGCUCCGCCGGCGUUCGCGGGGAGCCCGAGACGACUUGACCCGCGGCGAUCAACCCCCUGUAACUGCAGUGACUCGCGCCGUGAACAACGGAGCAACCACUCGUCCAAUCCACGCCGCGUAUUCCGCCGCAUAUCCCGCCGCUCUUGGCCUGGCAGGCAGGCCGCCUGCCAGCACGUCGCCGGCUUCAGCGGCAGCACCCUUCCACGCCGGAGUAUCCGGGUUUGUCCCUGGGUCGAAUGCGUUUCCAGGCGCUUCUGGCCGCUACUUUCUACCACCGCAUAUCAUUUCAGACGAUAAUCGCGCCGCGAGCUGCGGCGGCGGCGGCGGCGGCGGCGCGAUGGGUGCUGCUGGUGCUGCUCUGUCAGGAGGCGGCAGCAUGUGGAGCCCCGUAAUUCCCGUUCCGCCGGCAUUCGCGGCGGGGUUCCACAUGCUGCCGCCCCCAGGGGUUCCGUUCGCGGCGCCUCCGCCGGCGGCGGCCGCGCUGGCUGCUUUCUGCGGAUUCGGCGGCGCUGCUGCGCCCGCUCCCAGCGGAACUCCCGCCAGCCCCGCGCCUCUGGGGGAGAAACGGCGCCGCGGACGACCGCGCGGGUCAGGCGCUGGAAAUAAGCGGAGCAAAACGACGGCGGCGGUGGCGGUGGCGGUUGUAGGAGGAGAGAAGCCGCAGGUCACGACUGCGACUGCCACUGGCAGUGGCAGUGGUCGGACGCUGAGUGGUGGGCGCAAGUCACGCGGCGGCGAUAACCGAGGGAGCAAGCACUUCGAGCGCUUCGAGUCUCCUGCGGACAGCGGCAGCGGCGCAAAUGGCGGAAGUGGCGGAAGUGGCAGCGGAGGAGGAGGAAGCGGUGCUGCGGAGAGCGCUGAGUCCGAGAUCUCUGCUCCAACCAUCACGGCAGCGGAUGUGGCAUUGGGCACGCCGGAGGCGAUGCGCGUGCCGGGCAGCAUUGGGGCCGGCGGGGUGGCGUACAAGGGCGUGCGGCAGCGGCGGUGGGGCAAGUGGGUAACGGAGAUCCGAGAGCCGAGCCGGCGGUCGCGCAUCUGGCUGGGGUCGUUUGACUCGUGGGAGGACGCGGCGCGCGUGUAUGACAUGGCCGCCUGGCUGCUGCGCGGACCCAAGGCACAACUCAACUUUCCGCCGCCCACCAACGAGAAGUCCUGCCGGCCCGCCGCCGCUACAGCCGCUGCAGAUGCUACAGCUGCUGCAGCAGAAGGCUCGCCUGACAAGACCCCCCCUGCCCUGCUCCCUGUGCUGAUGCCGGCUGCUACAGCCGAGGCGCUGCUGACGGCGGCCCGUGGGUGCGCCACGUGGCAGGGCGCGGAGGACGCCAUUGCUGAGCUGGCAGCGGUGCUGAAGGCUGUGGAGGGCGAGGGAGGCAUGGUGGAGGUGACUGGUGGGGCAGCUGCUAGGAGGUUCGCUGCUGGAGAGUGGAUCGAGGAGCCGGUUGGUGAUGGUGAGGAGGAGUCUGGAGCGGUGGAGUGCGGUGCUGUGGGGGUGCAGGAGAGCGACUUGGAAGCGGCGUUGAAGCCGCUGCUUGCUGGAGUGGAUGGGGGGAAGAGCAGUGAAUCGGGCAGUGAGAAGAGCACCGAGCCUUGCAAUAGUGAGAAGAGCACCGAGCCUUGCAAUAGUGAGAAGAGCGCCGAGCCUUGCAAUAGUGAGAAGAGCACCGAGCCUUGCAGUAGUGAGAAGAGCACCGAGCCUUGCAAUAGUGAGAAGAGCACCGAGCCUUGCAAUAGUGAGAAGAGCACCGAGCCUUGCAAUAGUGAGAAGAGCACCGAGCCUUGCACUAGCUUCUCUGGCAGCGACGAUGGUAACGACAGCAAUGACGGCAACGACAGCAAUGGUGGCACCGACGGUCACGGUGGCAUUGACAGACUUGACAGCCUGGACAGCCUGGAGUCGUUUCUGGAGGGCAGCAUUGGGAACCCAGACCCUGAGGCUGACGCGCACGCGGGCUCCACUGCUCGCUCCGCAUUCUCCUUCUGGCUGGAUGGCGAUUGUGAGCUGGACUGCAUGCCAUCGCUGCUGCAGGAGGCAUCCCAGGAUGAAGCGAUGAUGAUGAUGGGGAUGGGGAUGGGGAUGGGGAUGGGGAUGGAGCCUGGCACCGGAGCGUUUCAGCAGCUAUCCGAGUUCACCCUGGUGCGGAUGGGGAAGGGGGAUGUGGGGGGGCAAGCGCUGUGGUGGGGUGAAAAGGUGUUGGGGAUUGGAAUGGGAGGGGGUAAGGGGUGGGUGGGUGUGGGUAAUAGUGUAGUGGGGAGUGGUUUGAGUAGGUUCAGUUCAGCCGCAGUGGUGGCUAUCAUGUGGCUCGUUGGAAUGAAUCAUAGUGAGAGCAGAGAGUCAUUCCGGUUAUCCAGGCGACAAGGGCAGUAA